UUGAUUAACUCUUUUAACUCUUUUUGAUUAACUCUUUUUUGAUUUUAUGCCACAUUUUUACCGCUCAACAUUUCAGCCACCCAAAAUUUGGUUGCAUCUGCAGACUGAAAGGAAACACGCUUAAUUUCAGCUGCAGAAACCAAUCAACUGACUUACUGCUGGGUAUUUUUAGUCUUAAAACCAGUGAGGAAAACAAAGCACGAACCAACCGAUGGCUCAGAAAGAAGGAGUGACGGAGCAGGUGAGAGCUGCGCCUGGAGACAACCUAGGAGCCAAAGCUGUGGCCGGGGCGCCCACUGUAGGGGGAGGAGUGGUGGUGGAGGUCAGGGAGAAGAAAGGACCCCUUCGGGCUGCCAUACCCACAAUGCCUUUCCCUCUGGCUGUCAUCUGUCUGUUUCUCAACACCUUCAUCCCUGGACUGGGAACCUUCAUCUCUGCAUUCACGGUGCUGUGCGGCGCUCGCAGCGAGCUGGUCUCCGAGCGAGGCGUGUGCUGCGUGUUCUGGCUCAACGUGGCAGCUGCUCUCAUCCAGAUACUGACAGCGGUCAUCAUGGUCGGAUGGAUCAUGAGCAUCUUCUGGGGAAUGGACAUGGUCAUCCUGGCAAUUUCUGACGGCUGCAGAGACCAGGGGGUCCCUCAGGACGUCUGAGAGGAGCCGAUCGCGGGUUAGCCAACCGAUCACGUGGACGCUUUGACCUCUUUGAACCCCAUGAUUUCCGCCGGCGGCUCCUCUGUCCUUAAAACUCUGACAAAGAGAGAAAGACAGAAGCGCAACAGAAGA